AUAAAAACUCGCGGAGCGCGCGAGGCUGCUUACGCGCGCCGUUUAAUAGGGUAUCUCAUUUGUGCGCCAUACCGACAGCGAGCAGCGCGCUGCGUGAGCUCUAGGACCAACGUCGCGUGCCAGCAGCUCUAGGAGCCACAACAGCUCGGGCGAGCACGCCGCCGCCGCCGCAGCGACGCGAGCGAGCAGGACAGCCGAGCGAACGCGUCAACAAACGUCGCGAAGCGCAGCGCCGCGGCGCGACAAUGGGCGACGCCAAGGAGACCGGCGGCCGCUGGUGGGAGGGCGAGGGCGCCGCGGGCUUUAACUUCACGGAGGACAAUGAAGGCGACAACACGGACGAUUAUACGUCUGAAGGUUGUGAUUUUGUGAAUCGAUCUGUUUUGAGGAAGUUCGGGCGGGGCAUCGAGUCCUACGGGACCGUUGUAAGUUGGCUACCAGCUCACCUGAACGAGGGCGAGCCCUACUACCGGGUGAGGCACGACGACGGCGACGAGGAGGAUUUGGACGAGGCGGAGCUCGCGGAAGCUUUGAAAGCGGCCGAAGAGCAGCCUAGACCUGUUACUGCUGUUGUCAAAACUGUCAGUAACGAGAAGGCCCUGGAGGCGCUGGACGACCACGGCAAGCCGCCCGAAGCACCUGGGACAUAUGACGCACCGCCAGACGCACAAACCAAAAGAUUAGCGAGCGCCUGGAAGGGCUUGUCGUUCAUCGCCGAUUUGUUGGAUAACGACCUGUGCGCGAAGAAUUUCGGGGCCGACGCUCUCACCUUCCUCUCGUCGGUGGCGGCCACGGCGCCCGAUCCAUUGAGGGCGUUAGCCACAUACCAUGUGGAAAGACUGGCCAUAAAGUGGCGCGACGGCUUUGCGUUCGAUUCAGAUCAAGCGGAGCCGCCCGAGUGCGCCGACGCGCUGUGUGGCAUCGCCGCUUUGGAGCGGUGCGGCGUGGGCCAUGCCAAUCUCAAACUCGAAUGUCGGGACUACGUCGCCAAAACUUCCAAAGCUAGAGGUGCCGAUGUGUUCGCUUCGAGUUUCCUAGGUGCCAACUUAUCAAGACCGGCCCAGGGCACGAAGGACGUCACGGACGCGCAACGGCGCAUGACGCGCAUCAAGGCAGCGACGCAGGCGUUGUAUCACGCUUCUUAUGCUGACAGAGCAGGAGUACAUAUCUCGCACGACGAAAGUUCAGUGCUGAAGUGGAUUGACGGCCUGAAGCCCUACAUGCCCUUCGCGCAGCUGGGAUGGGACGGGUAUGUCGAUCAAGCGACGCUCGCGUGUGCGAUUGUCGAUAUUGCCUCGAAUUACGGCGAGCUACGAUUAAGACCGUCGGCCUUCCCCGACGAGUACGCGUUAUUAGCUGAUGUCGCGUGUAUGACUAGAGCUAUCCGGAAAGAAGAUGUCCACCUCGCGGGUGCGGUCGUUCGUGCUCUGAGAAGUUUUGGUCUGGAAGACGACGACGGUAGGGUCAAACGGGGCUGCGAGUAUAUCAUGCAGGCGCAAACUACGGAAGGCGAUGAUUCAGGAGGCUGGCCGACGCGCGACAAAGAUACCAGUUCAUACGCCUACUACCACGCGGCCGCGUGUGCGGUUGGAGCUUUAUAUGCGCCGCUGUUCCGGGGCUUCGGGCCGGCCUGCGGUGCUCCUGCUUCUGAUGGGUUUUCUGCGUGCGGGGCCCAAUUGAGGAGUGAGAAGGCCAUGGGUUUUCUGGCCGAACAGUACGCCGCCGGCGCGGCGGCCGGCGACGAGGCGUGGGUCUCCGCAUUGAAGCCGGGCGAGCGCGCGUGCCGGCGGCUGGCGGGGUUAUUGAAGUGGCACGCGGCCAUGCAGAAGCGGUCCAUUGAUGAUUAUGAUGAGGGCGCGCCGGUUCGAAGGCGGACGCGGCUCCGGUAACUUUGAAGUUCUAGUAUCCGAGUACUACGUCCCGCCGCCAGCCGUAGUGAGUAACUUAGAAGUUUAGAACAAA